AUGUGCACCUACAAGCUUAACUUUGUAGAGCUGUCCGAAGUGCUUUGGCAUAUGGUGCUCUCGAACGCGUUCGGCCUAAGCGGAAUCGCUGGUUACAUAGCCAUCUAUGUGAUCUUCUUCUUCUUCGGAGUGCUCACCUUCUCUAUUCUGGUACUUAUGGAAGGUCUCUCAGCUUUCCUCCAUGCACUUCGUCUCCACUGGGUCGAAUUCCAAUCGAAGUUCUAUCAGGGCCUCGGCUACGCAUUCGUACCGUACUCGUUCAAGACGGCCCUACUUGCAGCCGAAGCCGGCAACUAA